AUGGCUUUUGAAGUUGUGUCCCUAUCACAUUUUUCUUGUUCUACAGAAGGCCAGCCUGAAGAAAAUUCUGAGAGCAGUAAUAAUGAUAAACUUUCAUUGGAAGGAAUAGUGGUACAGCGUGCUGAAUGCAGACCUGCUGCCAGUGAAAACUAUAUGAGAUUGAAAAGGUUACAGAUAGAAGAAUCUUCCAAACCUGUAAGGUUAUCACAACAGCUGGACAAAGCUGUUACAACCAAUUUUAAACCAGUGGCUAAUCAUCAAAACAAUAUUGAAUAUGAGAAGAAAAAGAAAGAAGAUGGAAAGCGAGCGAGAGCUGAUAAGCAGCAAGUUUUGGACAUGUUGUUCUCUGCUUUUGAAAAACAUCAGUAUUACAACAUUAAGGAUUUAGUGGACAUCACCAAGCAGCCUGUGAUAUACCUGAAGGAAAUCUUGAGAGAAAUAGGCAUUUACAAUGUUAAGGGGACCCACAAAAAUACCUGGGAACUGAAACCAGAGUAUAGACAUUACCAAGGAGAAGAUAAGAGUGACUGAGAAGACCUCCCCUGGGUGCCCACAAGGAGCUGCUGACAGGGUGGCUUGUGACUGUACUGAGCCAACCCUGCCGUUGUCCUCAAGACUUUGAGCAGUCUAUUAAAAGGAGUAAAGUGACAGAUACUUUUUUAAUUCCUCCA